CUGGGGGCGCCCGCUGCCUUCCAUAAAGUGAAUGGCAGGACUGAAUGGGAGCCAGUCGCCUGGGAUCUCUCCUCCUAUUUUCAUGUGAGAAACAAGCUUUAUAGGGACCAGGGAGGAUUUAACUAUUACAGCAACUGCUGCCUGUGAGAUCCAGCAAAGGGCACACUGCACUACAGCAAGGAUUAGACCAGGAAGCAUCUCAGACCACUACCUACGUUUCUAUUGCCCCAUGGAUUUCAACCUUCUGACCGAUUCCGAGGCACGGAGUCCGGCCUUGUCUUUAUCUGAUUCAGGCACUCCACAACAUGACCACAGCUGCAAGGCUCAGGAACACAGUGAUACUGAAAAAUCACAGCAGAACCAAACAGAUGACUCUAACCCUGAAGAUGGUUCAUUAAAGAAGAAACAACGACGACAGAGGACACACUUCACCAGUCAGCAACUUCAAGAACUUGAGGCCACUUUCCAAAGAAAUCGAUACCCAGAUAUGAGCACUAGAGAGGAGAUUGCUGUAUGGACCAACCUAACAGAGGCCAGAGUCAGGGUGUGGUUCAAAAAUCGGAGAGCAAAGUGGAGAAAAAGAGAACGAAAUCAACAGGCGGAACUCUGUAAGAAUAGUUUUGGGGCCCAAUUUAAUGGACUCAUGCAGCCCUAUGAUGAUAUGUAUUCGGGAUACUCCUACAACAACUGGGCUACCAAGGGCCUUGCCACUAGCCCACUCUCUGCCAAGAGCUUUCCAUUUUUUAACUCCAUGAAUGUAAGUCCUUUGUCAUCUCAGCCUAUGUUCUCCCCACCUAACUCCAUUGCCUCAAUGACCAUGCCUUCCUCUAUGGUUCCUUCAGCAGUGACUGGAGUUCCUGGUUCUAGCCUAAACAACUUGGGAAAUAUUAACAACCUCAACAGCCCCAGCCUCAAUUCUGCUGUCUCGGCCAGUGCCUGUCCCUAUGCCUCGACGGCCAGCCCGUAUAUGUACAGGGACACCUGCAACUCAAGCUUGGCAAGUUUGAGGCUGAAAGCUAAACAACAUGCCAACUUCACGUACCCAGCAGUACAGACUCCGGCUUCUAAUCUAAGCCCUUGUCAGUAUGCUGUGGAUCGGCCAGUAUGAAGGACCACAUGCCAAAGACUUGAUUGUAGCCAUAUAACAGAAGACCUAUUUGCCCUGCAGUUUUUGCCUUUUUUUUUUUAGAUAAAAAUGGGCGCACAGUGACCUCUGAUAAAACAUUUCCAUUUUUAAACUGACAAAAAAGAAAAAAAGAAAAUAAAAA